GCUUCCAAUUUCCCCAUUUUGGUAUUUGGCAUUUGGCAUUUGCUUUUCCCAUAAUUCCGAAGCCAGGGAAUCCAUGGAUCCAAACAGGGUAGAAGCCGAGCGAUUGCUCGGAAUCGCGGAGAAGCUUCUACACAGCCGGGAUCUCAGCAGCUGCCGUGACUUCGCAAUUCUAGCUCAGGAGACCGAGCCGCUGCUGGAGGGGUCAGAUCAGAUCUUGGCCGUCGUCGAUGUGCUCUUAGCCGCCGACAAACGCGUCAACAACCAUCCCGACUGGUACGCCGUUCUUCUGUCCGAUCACCGAUCUGACGACCUCGAUCACAUCAAGAAAUCUUACCGACGGCUAGCGUUACUCCUCCACCCGGACAAGAACAAGUGCGCCUACGCUGAGCACGCGUUCAAGCUCGUAGCCGAUGCAUGGGUGGUUCUGUCCGAUCCGGCCAAGAAGCAGAUUUACGACAACGAGCUGGGGCCGUUCAGCCGGAUCGAUCUCGGCUCUUUGAUUUCGAACAAAUUACCGGUGCGGCGGGACAGCCGGGCCCGAACCAACGCCAGGGUGGGAAACGACGGCCAGCAGCAGCCGAGGUCGAGUUUGUUGACUUUCUGGACGACUUGCCCGUACUGUUACGUGUUGUACGAGUACCCUAGGGUUUACGAGAGCUGCUGUUUGAGGUGUCAGAAUUGUAAGGAAGUGGAAGAGAAGGAACAAUGCAGUCCUGUUUCUGUAUUGGACCCUCCGUUCCAAGACGACGACGAGGGACGUGACGGUGACGGUGAAGAUGAUGACGACGAAGACGGUUGUGAUUUGGAGUGCAGCUAUGCCAAUGUACAGAGAACAAAGCAUCACUUUCUGCAGAAGCUUCGUAGAUUUGAGCAAUUGGCGGGGUUAGAUCCAAUUGAACUUGAGAAAAGAAUGCUAGAAGAAGAUGAUGAUGACGAUGAAUGUGAAGAAGAUGAGUCUGAAACAUCAGAUAGCAGCAGUGAAGAAACUCUUGAUGGGCUUCUCAGAGAAGUACUUUCCAAAUUAAACUUUCCUUGUAACAAAAGAAUCCCCGAGGAUGUGCAGAUAUUGGCCAUGGAUCUCAUUGUCGAGGAGCAGAGAGAUGAUGAUUCUUCCGACAGAGGGGAAAGAAAUGGUGCCCGUGCUGCAAGGAGAGCUCCUGGACAAGCUAACAGGAACUUUGUUGGUAAUGUGAAUAGGGAAGAUGCUGCCGGAGCACAAGGGAUUGCCGGAGCAGGUCAAAUGAUUAGAAGGAAUGCAGAAAAUGUUGCUGCUCGGUGGGAGAUGCAGGCAGCUCGUCUUGAAGCACAUGUGGAACAGAUGUUUAAUGGUCUGGAUGAUGCUGAUAGCGCCGAGGAUGUACCGUUUGAUGAGCUUGGGAUUUUGGCAUUACCCAGGAGCCUCAGAUUGUGCAAAACUCUGGUUUUGUUUUAA